AAGACCGUUGAGUGUGAAUCAGAGCGUCGCGAUUAUUAGUACCGCUUCUCAGCAGUAUAGCUAAAAAGUGCGUCAUAGAUAAACGAUGCGGCGGUGGUGGUGCUAUAAGGGCCUUACGACCUUCAAUAUUAUAUUUGGAUUAGGAUUUUUUAUUGACAGUUCCCAAGGACAAAGUGGUUGUAAAUUUCCAGGUUCCCCUGCUCAUUCUUCAGUAGAAUUUUCAGAUGAAACCCUUGGUCCAGGGUCGAUAGCGACUUACACGUGCGAAAGGGGUUUCGAAUUAUUAGGACCCAAUAGAAGAAUAUGUGAAAAUGGCGUUUGGCAACCCGAAGGGAUACCUUUUUGUGUCCUGAAUGUAGCUGCUGGUAAAGCUCCAAUGCAAGUGUCCACGGAAGCAGGAGGUAUCCCCCAAAAAGCUAUCGACGGCAGUACCAGCGCAUUUUUCAAUGCUGAAACAUGUACAUUAACUAAACCCGAAAAAACUCCUUGGUGGUAUGUGAAUUUGCUGGAGCCUUACAUGGUGCAGUUGGUACGGCUAGACUUUGGGAAACCUUGCUGUGGAGCCAACAAACCAGCAACAAUAGUAGUUAGAGUUGGUAACAAUCGGCCUGAUUUGGGCACGAAUCCAAUUUGUAACCGAUUUACUGGGUUCCUUGAAGAAGGCCAGCCGCUGUUUCUACCGUGUAACCCUCCGAUGCCAGGGGCAUUUGUAAGUGUCCAUUUGGAAGUACCCACAGCCAACCAAUUGUCCAUAUGUGAAGCUUUUGUUUAUACUGAUCAGGCUUUACCAAUUGAAAGAUGUCCACAGUUCCGAGAUCAACCCCCUGGUAGCACUGCAACUUACAACGGUAAAUGCUACGUAUUCUACAAUAGAAAUCCCCUCAAGUUCAGAGAAGCAUUGCAAUUCUGUAGAAGUAGAGGUGGAACACUGGUGGACGAAAGUAAUCCAGCACUUCAAGGAUUUAUUAGUUGGGAACUAUGGAGAAGACACAGAAGUGACUCUCAAGGCCAAUAUUGGAUGGGCGCCGUGCGGGACUCUCAAAUUGGCGGUUGGCAAUGGUUAAAAGGUGAUGAAGUAACUGUAUCUUUUUGGAACUUGCCAGUGGGUAAUGGAAAUUGCGCCAGGUAUGAUGGCACUAAAGGAUGGUUAUGGUCUGAUACUGACUGCAGUAUGAGAUUGAAUUAUAUUUGCCAACACCAACCCAAAGCAUGCGGCCGACCCGAACAACCUCCAAACUCUACAAUGUUAGCUCCUACAUUUGAUGUAGGAUCCGUGGUGGAGUAUGCCUGCGACGAAGGCCAUCUCUUAGUAGGCCCACCUAUGAGGACUUGUUUGGAGACUGGAUUUUAUAACGAAUUUCCGCCUGUGUGCAAAAGGAUUCAGUGUGGUUAUCCAGCAGAUAUACCUAAUGGGGAAUACACCCUAGUGAACGAUUCGGUCGGUUACUUAAGCAGGGUAGUUUAUAGCUGUUUUGAAGGAUAUGAAAUGAUUGGAAGGGCUCAGCUUUCGUGCGAUAUCGAUGAACGGUGGAACGGGCCACCACCAAGAUGUGAACCCGUUCAAUGCGAGACACCUUCAACGAUUGGCAAUGGCCUACUGGAAAUACCUAAUAACGAUACUUUUUUUGGAUCAAUAGUCACUUAUAGUUGCAAUAAAGGUUACAGAUUAAUUGGGCCAAGCAAAAUAACCUGUAUGGCUAAUGGACAAUACGAUUCUCUUCCUCCUACUUGCCAAGUUGAAGUCACAUCACCCCCUUUGACGACCUCACAUGAAGUAACUCUGGCAACAAGACCUUCGUCUUCUACCAUUCCCUCCAGUUCCAGCACUACAAGUAGUACAACAAGUAAUACGAGAAGUAGAACUCCUCGGCCUCCACCAACAACUAUUAGAGCUACAAAUGACUUGAAUAAGAUGACAACUCGUACAAGAAAAACACCUAGCAAAUCUGUUUCCACAACAAUUCGUUCGCCUAACAAGCCUUCUAUAAUUAUAACUGGACAUCCACAAGAUAAUGAAAUAGCAGGUUCUUCAAAUAAUAUACAACAUGGAGAAGGCCCUAAUGUGAAUGUGCCUCUAUCAGUAGAUGGAGAUAGAAGAGAACCUUUUGGAGCCCGCCUUAACGUAGGAGCCAUAAUAGCCCUGGGAGCUUUUGGGGCAUUCAUAUUUUUAGCAGCCAUCAUUACCACAGUAGUGAUUUUAGUGCGAAGGAAUCAAAGUGCCAAACAUUACCGUCAUCGAGCCUCGCCUGACUGUAACACAGUGGCUUCUUUCGACUCCUCUAGUUCGGAAUCGAGAAACGGAGGUCUCAACCGGUACUAUCGUCAAGCCUGGGAAAAUUUGCACGAGUCGGCCGGCUCCAAACAAGUAUUGAAAUCUGUCAAUGGAAAUCAUUCUCCUUUGCGGAGGAAAGAAACCAUGGACGAACCUUAUCGUGAACGUCACCGUGAGAGUUCAGAAUUGGUUGUUGAUGAUGGAAUGAAAGGGGCAACAGAAAAGAAGCGACAUCAUCAUCAUCAUCACCAUCAUAAAGAGGGAAGGGAGUGGAACGGCAAUAGGGCGCCUCCUGGUGGUGCUCAUAAGAGGUACUGACAACCGUGCAUGGUGAUAACGGUGCAGUUUGAAGAUUACUAAAGAAGCGGGACUUAUAAUAGAACGAUAGUGAUAAUAAUAAAAAAGUGAAUUUCCUCUAAUAUAGAGAUGUAUGCAGAUACUGAGAAAAUUUAUCUUAUUUUGUUUUUAUAUUAGUAGUACCCUAGUACCUACAUAGGUUAAGUAACUUAAUGUUUAAAAAAAGACAAACCAUAUGGUGCCAUGGUGAAAGGGCGAAAAUCUACCAAAGUUUUCAGUACGUGAAAUUGGAUACUGGGACAAUAUUUUUUGCUAUCCUACAGGAUCAAUUGAAAAUAUCCAAUACCUAGUGUAAUUGAAGUUAAAGUCUAUGUAUUUCAUUGAUCUUGUAUAAUAAUGUACUUCCAUUUAAAACAUUACAAAAUAUCUCUUAUGCAUUGUAAAAUAAAUUAAUAUCAAAUUAGACUCUUUUAUAUGCAUAGGUGUUAGAUGCUUGUAACUAUAAAGGGUAUCCCAUUCGAAACAAAACAGGCUAAAUAUUUGAUGUCACUUUUUUUUUUUUUUUAAUCGCUCAUACACGUAAUUUGAUUGUGUGAGUGUUUGAAACAUUUCCAGCACUAACUUAACCCUCUAGGAGGGGUGGAACCAACCGUUACCAUUCCAAAUGGAACAGGAGGUCGAGUGAUACCUGUUUCAAAAAUAAACGUGGCAUCAGAUAUUCAGCCUGUUUCGUUAUAAAUGGUACACCCUGUAUAGUAGUUUGGUUUAUCUAAAAUAUUCGAAAAAAAUUAAAUGAUUUAGUAAUACCCAAACAAUAUUAUGUAUUUUGUUUCAAUUCUUAACAUAUUUUUUCGCCCCUAGUUGAGCUAAUUUAUCAGCUUCCACAUUGCCCAUGAUUCCACUAUGUCCUGGACAAUACUCCCAUUUAACAUCCUGAAAUUUUUGGCACAUAUCAUCCAAUUUCAUCAAAUCUUCUUUAUUUUUAACGGGACCACCUGAGGAUAAUUUCCAGUUGUUUGUUUUCCAUUUCUUCAUCCAUUUGGUUAUACAAUCAAUAGUGAAGCGGGAGUCUGUGAAGAUCUUAACUUUGGUAUACCCUAAAUUUUGAAGAACUUUUAGUGCCUCAGUGGGUGCUUGAAUUUCUGCUGUAUUAUUCGUAGCUCGUCCAAUU